AUCAUUAUUAUUAUUCCCAUUUUUUUUAUUGAGAAGCUUAGUCUUCGGGUGAAGGCCUACAGCAUCAGAAAGCAGGACAGAACAGGAGAGAUGGGAUUUUCUUUUUAAAAAAGUGACUUUUUGGUAACACCCAAAUUAGAUUUUGGACUUGCUUGGCCCUCAACGAAUGGUGAGUAAGGCGUCCAGCUGAGGAAUCCCAAUUGGAGUACAAAACUUUUUGUUUAGUUUUCUACUUGUACCAGCAGUCACCUGUACCAGCCAGAUUUGACUACUGCACUCUUCAACUUUCAACGCUGCACCCAAAAUAUGCAUGCAUCUUCAGCUCAUGUAAAAAGGCAGAGGGCCAUCAAGUGCAGGGAAAUUUUGCUUUUGGGAUGUCCAAUCUGGAUGAACACUGUUCAAGCCAACGCAACUCUAGCAGAAAAGAAUCCCUUCUAAGAUAAAGAGGCAUACCCGCAAGCAACAGUCUAAGAGCCACUCCAAGAAUUGCACUGGUGGAAGCAGGACCUUAGAAUGCUCUAAGGAUCACAGUGGAGCCAAAGCCUUGGAAUUGACAGGUGAUGGUUCAUCUACCUCAACUCAUAGCUCAUCAGGUGACAGUACACAGCAUAAAUUUCUGACUCAGCCCAGCUCACAAAACAUGGAUGGAAAAGACACUAAGACCUUUUCGGAAACCGGUCACCUAUCAACAUCAGAAAGCAAUCCAGAUAUAGACAGGACUUCACUGUGUGACCCGACAAUGUCAAUGGUAUGUCUGUCAGACUUUGAAUUGUUCGCCAAAGAACACUUACCCAAGACUACCUGGGAUUACUAUGCUGCCGGGGCAGAUGAGUGCUGUACCAGGGAUGACAAUCUAGUUGCUUAUAAAAGGAUCCGUCUGCGUCCCCGAAUGUUGAGAGAUGUCUCUGUAACAGACACAAGAACAACCAUCCAGGGCAUGGAAAUCAAUUUCCCCAUAGGGAUUGCCCCCACUGCCUUCCACUGCUUGGCGUGGCACGAUGGAGAGAUGAGUACAGCCCGUGCUGCUGAAGCGAUGAAUACUUGUUACAUUGCCAGUACGUACUCCACCUGCUCAGUAGAAGAGAUUUCAACAGCAGCACCGAAUGGAUUACAAUGGUUUCAGCUUUAUGUCUACCGGAACCGUAAACUCUCGGAGCAAUUAGUGCAACGUGUGGAAGCACAGGGAUACAAGGCUGUCGUACUGACUGUGGAUGUCCCUUACACUGGCAAAAGGAGAAAUGAUAUCAGGAACAACUUUAAACUUCCACCUCACCUCAAAGUGAAAAACUUUGAUGGAAUAUUUGAGCAGGUUGAAACAUUUCAAGGUCAGGUUAACGAGAAGCAGUGCAUGACAAGUCCUUUUAAGCAAACCAGAGCCGGUGAAUAUGACUUUAAUGGAGCAGAGGUGUAUGGAGGUGCAGUCAAUUCUCUGGAUCCAUCAAUCAGCUGGAAAGAUAUCUACUGGCUUCAGUCAUUGACUCGCCUGCCUAUAAUCAUUAAAGGUAUUUUAACCAAGGAGGAUGCAGAGCUGGCUGUGGAACAUGGUGUCCAAGGCAUCAUAGUGUCCAACCAUGGAGGCAGACAACUUGAUGGAGGGCCAGCUUCGAUAGAUGCCCUAUCAGAGAUUGUGGAGACGGUACAGGGAAGGGUUGAGGUUUACUUGGAUGGAGGAAUCCGUACAGGAAGUGAUGUCCUUAAGGCUUUAGCUCUGGGUGCCAAAUGCGUUUUCAUUGGCCGGCCAGUGGUUUGGGGACUUGCCUACAAGGGAGAAGAAGGGGUGAGAGAGAUUUUGCAGAUUUUGAAUGAUGAGUUUCGACUUUCGAUGGCUUUGGCAGGUUGCAGGAAUGUCUCCGAGAUCAACAGAAACUUAAUCCAAUUCUCCAAGCUUUAGAACAAAUCUUUAGACGAAAACAUAAAUGAAUUCUGAUUACAAGACACCAUCACCGGAAAGGAAUAGGAUGCACCAAGGAAGAAACAAAUUUUUUGGGAAAAUUUGAAAAAAACAAUAACCUCACUGUAACCAAGACAAAUAAAGAAAUAAGAAUAUAUCAAA